GGAACAACUGUGGACGUGUUCUGUUAAGAGUUUUUUUGGUAUCAAAGAAAGAAAGAAGAAAUCAAUCGGCGGGAGAGAAGCUAAGCUAUGUCGAGGCUAUGGGCGAGAGUUGCCGGAUUGUUCAGAAGCAAGAGUUUCAUCGGAGCAGACAAGACUGGUAACAAGUACUUCUCCAGAAUGGAGGAGAUCGACGGUUUGGCGAAGGAGAAGAGAUGGGUUGUCUUUAGACGAGAAGAGGACCCAACCUCUGUUCCUGUUGAAUGGAUAUGUUGGCUGAAUGGUCAGAGAAAACGAGCUCCAACUCCAGAGGAAAUGGCUGAACUUGAAGCAAGGCGUGAGCGUGUGAAGCUUAAUGUUGCUCGUCUCAAGAAAGAAGAGGAGGAGAGGAAAGCCAGAGAAGGCACUGGACGCAAAAUCACGAGCAUCGGUAAAGUUGAGGGUCCAGAUUUGACAAGCUUUGUACGCCAUUUUCCAGCGGAUUCAAAAGGUGAUAAACCAGAGGAAGCUAGUGAAGAAGCAGAUCAAUCAAGGGUCAAGGAACAUGAACCAGAGAUUGUUACUGCAGAACCACCCGAACCAAAGACAACAGAGCCAUCAGGGUCUGGAUCAUCAUUUAAGCCCGGAACCUGGCAGCCACCAUCCUAAACACAUCUCAUGUUCCCCCGUAGAUAACAACCAACAUGGUUGUUUUGUCCAGUCAUCUGUUUGUUGUGUAGUCUAUCGGUUUGAAUCUUACAUAUGAUUCAGAGAGAGCUUGUGAGGACCCUAAAAUGUGUGGCCUUUCACGUUGUUAUUGAGGACUUAGAAGAGUCAAAAAUGAGAAGCCAGUCUCCUAUGAUUUGUUUUGUUUGGGGGGGAUAGUCUGACUUGUCUCUUGGCAUUGUGCUUGAGACUUAAAUUGCAUUUGUCCUUAAUAGCUUAAGAAGAGCCUAUCAUUCACCCUA